AUGCUUGUCCUGCUCGGCUUCAGAGGGACUUGCACACAAAGCAAGUGUUGCACCUUUUCCGGAGGCAGAUGUGCCAAGGCUUGCAGAAGGGGAGAAGUUGCAGAAAAAGGCCUUUGUUCCGGAGACUGUGUUUGUUGCAUUGAAGACAAGUGCCCUGACAGCCUCAAGUGCCAGGCAUUGGACGGGCGCUGUGUGGAAAGUUGCCAGGCCGACGAAGUGGCAGUGCCUUGGCUCUGCGGAAGUGAAACUUGCACCUGUUGUGUGAAGAACAACUGCAACCAGACUAAGUGCUGCGGAGCCUUUGGCGGACGUUGCGAAAAGGUUUGUUCUGAGGGCGAGAAGCCAGUCGCGGAUCUCUGCCAAGAAAAGUGCCAAUGCUGCGUGACAGUGUCUACAACAACAUCUACAAGUUCAUCUACUUCUACGACAACAUCUACUUCAACGACCACGUCAACGUCAUCUACUACUUCUACUACAAGUUCAUACUGCACGUUCAAUGGGGCAGCAUACCCAGACGGCGAAACGCUUGACAUCAGUUGCUUGAUACUGACCUGUGUGGAGGGUAUUUGGAAGGCAACAGGAUAUAUAAGCAAUAAUUGUUCAAUGUGUACGAUCAGAAAUGACCCGCAUUUCACCGACUUCCACCAAUGGUCCUUCGACUUCCACGGCACCUCGCAAUACUCCGUCGCCAUGAACCUCAAUGCCUACGGAGUGACUGCCGCGUUUUAUCAGUGCAAUAGCUUCGCUUCCUGUCUGGACACCGUUACGUACAAAGAUGAUGCAAACACAAUCAUCACAUUCAACAGAAACAGCGGAAAUACGAUCCUCGUGAAUGGUGACCCUUUCACUGUUACCAAUGCUGUCCAAAAUGUGGAAUCCGCCGGCGGAGUCGUCCACCCGGUCCUUGUAUGGAAUGACAAUGCCAUUUGCAUUCGCAUGAUAGGAACUCGGGGUUUUGCGCUAAAAUUCUGCAGAAAUUCUUUGUAUGUUUGGGCUCAAACCGCCACCCUCGGAGACCUGCAUGGCCUGUGCCUCUGCGGUCCUGCGUUUAACGUCGAGCCCCCAGGCAACUUCCAGAGACUCCCUGCUUCGAGGGAAGAAAUCACCACGUGGGGCGAAUCGCUAUUCAUUUCAGACUCGUCCACUACCACACCCACACCAUUCGAAACCACUACUGCCCCUUCUGUACCGAACGAAUGCGACAGGAUCCAAGAUACGCUCAAGAAAGAGUGCUGGAUCCUUCUCAGCCAGGUGUCUGUCAGGAAUAUCUCUGCCGGAAGUUCUUUGCUGGACGUCACUACGGACUUCUGCGCGGUCGACCUGUGCGCAAUGACGGUGUCUAAAGCCACCGUGGAGGAGGUGGUCGCCUGGAAGGGCAUCAUGGUCGGCAUGCUGGAGGACACCGUCGGAAUCAUCGCCCACACCCUCCGCUCAAAAGACGAGUUCUUGUCAGUGAAACCUGUUAUUUCUAUUAGGGACGAACGAUAGUGAAAACCCGGCCGACGACCUCAACAUCCGGAGAUCAUCCGCCAGACCAAUGAUUUUUAACCGGGACCAAUUUCAUGACAAUUUAAAUCUAGACAUUAAUGAACUCUUUGAGUUUGACAAUCACAUUUGUUCAUUUGGCAGUUUUGUGGAAAGGAGUAUUAGCACUAGCUUAUUCUGGUACGAGAUUAAAAAAUGAUUAUAAUAAUAAUAAUAAUAAUUACUGAUUGAUUCAUGUUAACAAUGUGACUAUAAUUCGGAAGCUUUAUAUUCAGAGUGUAUUUUCAGUAACGAAAAUUGUUACUUUCAAUAUUUAAUGCUUCCCUAAUUGUCUUACUAGGCCCAUUAAACUCUUUGUUUAAGAUCGAUG